AAGAGCCUGGGCUCGGAGUUCAAGGACUGGGUUCGAGUGCUCGCUCCGCUGCUACCUCGCUUCGCACUUUCGCUACCCCUCGCCCGGCCUCAGUUUUUCUCUUUUAGGAAAUGAACACCGUUGUCCGUGCCGUUCUUUCCACCCGUCGCGGUUGUGAAGGCACGAAAGUUCUUCAGAAGUCGCAGUCAGCGGGCAGAGCCCCCCGCCUUAAUUUUCAUCCAAGGUUAGCAGGGACCUCCUUGGUCCCAGGCAGAGGAGUCAGGGCUGUGCCCUGGGGCUCCUAGAACGGUUCUGCCCGGACACCUGAGCCAGACCAGAGCAGAGUCGGAAGGACGGGUCUGUCAUCACGCUGGUGCUAAGGAAGUCCUUGCUUAUCCACCUCCUUACUGGAAUUUAGGGCCCCUCACUCCUCUAAGAACUGACUUUACAGAAGUUAUGCUUGCAAGUGAGGAGCCCUUGGAACUGAGGGGAAGUGAACUUAGAUUCCUGUACCAGCUUUGCUAUUCGCCUUGGCCAAGUCACAGCCUUUCUUUGAGCCCCGGUAUUUUUAAUUUGUAGAAUAGGAGUUUAGGACUUGAGUCCUAAGUCUCAGGAUUCCUAAAGCACGCAUCAUUCAUUUGGGACCAGGGAGCAACAAAAUGACUUGCUGUCAUCUAUCUGUAGCUCUAAAAUAUAAAAGUUGUAAGAGUUUGAAAUAGAGCCUUUUCCUACGUCUGAGGGCUGAAUGGGACAUACAGGCAUACCUCCCUUUAUUGCAAAUUGCUCUUUUGCGCUUCACAGCUGUUGAGUUUUUUACAAAUGAAGGCAGGACCCUCCACCAGCAAAAAGAUUACAACUGCCUUUGUUAUGACACUCGCUUUACUGUGGUGGCCUGGAACCGAACCCACACUAUCUCUGAGGCAGAGGGAGGGCUCCUUUGUGUACUGUGAGCAGUAUAACAUUGCGGCCCUCUGUCUGGAAAGCCCCCAUUGUCUAUUCCAAGUCUGUCCCAGAGCAGUAAUCCAGGACCUCUUCCUGGGGGAUGAGAAGACUGAGUCCUACAAAUAAAUGUUAAGUGAUUUGCUCAAGGUGCCUCACUUCGUAAGAGUUAGAGCCCAGGCCACCACUCUAUCAGCCUGCCACUAGGUCUAAAGGGGUGCCUGGUCAGGAUGGCUAUGAGGUGGUUUUACCUGUCUGUCCUGGCACUGUCAUCCCUGGGCUUGAUGUGCAUCCUCUUCACCGUCUAUUGGAUGCAGAGCUGGCACGGUGGCUUUGCCUGGGAUGGCACCAUAUUCAUGUUCAACUGUCACCCAGUCCUCAUGGUUGCUGGGAUGGUGGUGCUCUACAGUGCUGCGUCGCUGGUGUACCGCCUGCCCCAGUCAUGGUUGGGGUCCAAGCUGCCCUGGAAAAUUGCCCACGCAGCCCUGCACCUGCUGGCCUUCAUCCUGACCGUGCUGGGGCUGGUGGCCGUCUUUAGAUAUCACAACCGUGCAAAUAUCGCCAACCUCUACUCGCUGCACAGCUGGCUGGGCAUCACCACCGUCUUCCUCUUCGCCUGCCAGUGGUUCCUGGGCUUUGCCGUCUUCCUGCUGCCCUGGGCGUCCAUGUGGCUGCGCGGCCUCCUUAAACCCGUUCACGUCUUCUUUGGAGCCUCCAUCCUCUCUCUGGCCAUUGCGUCUGUCAUUUCCGGCAUUAAUGAGAAGCUUUUCUUCAGUUUGAAAAAUGCCACCAAGCCGUACUCCAGCCUGCCCGGUGAGGCAGUCUUUGCCAACAGCACUGGGAUGCUGGUGGUGGUCUUCGGGCUGCUGGUGCUCUAUAUCCUUCAGGCUUCGUCUUGGAAACGCCCAGAGGCAGGGGCCAUGACUGAAAGACAGCCCCUGAUGCACGAAAGGGAGUGAAGCAGGAAUGGACUCCCAGGAGUAGUCGGUGGUGCGGUCUGGACGCCCCUCAGAAGCUCUGAUCUACCUGGGGCUCCCCUCUGGUUUCGGCAACAGACUUGCUUUGGGCUCUGGGCCCAAACCUCUCCUUCCCUCCGUGUUGGACCUGCUCUCUUCACCAACUUGUUGCCCACCGCUUUUCUUGGUGGCUUUGACUUCUGCACCCCUUCUUGGCGUCGACUUCUGAGAUCCCCCAUGUAUACAGGCCCUCCUUGCCCUGGCUGCUCACCCCGCUCCUGUUGUCUGUCUGAAGUCCAGCUGAUUUCCCCUUUCGACCCCUCAGGAUGUGGUAGGAAAUCCCGAGAGUUCAGAUGAGCCGGGACUCAAGUGCAGUCUGCAGUGUGGAAAGCGAGGGAGGCGGCAUCCGUCAGCUUUCCCCAUGAAGGUGUGCAUUUCAUUUAGGGGCCCGCCGUGGGCAGGCUUCUUCCACUGUGACCUCCAUCUGGCCCACCUGGACUUGAGGCUGGGCAUGAGCAUUGUGCGGUGAUGGAAGGAGACGGGGAGAAUGGUUGCAGGGCAGCUUCUGCAGAGGCGCUGGGGCACUGACUACUGUCUGCUGUUGUUUCAUGUCAUUGCAUCCACUGUCUGCAUCCACUGUGACAGUGUGGCUCUACCUCUUCUAGUGACUGCUACAGCUGGUGCCUGGAUCCCAGCCCGUCCCUGUGACUUACUUUCCUGUCACUGUUAGGCAGCCCUAUGACCUCUGGAAACCCACUCUCCCAAGUACAGACAACUGUCCCCAGCUGUCCCA